UAUUUGUUUUGUUGGGUCCAAAUCCAAUCAUCACAUCAUCAUUAACUAACGCAUUCCUUGGCGUGGCGAAAAGACGAAAACAUUUCCCAUCCGUUCCCGAAGUGUCUUUCCCUUUCUUUCUCUCUCUCCAAACAAAAACUUUCAAGAACUAGUGUAAUUAAAGAAAAAGAAAAAAAGAAAGAGAGGAGGAAAUUGGAGUCAAUAAUCGACGGGCAUGGCUGCACCGGGGCCGCGGCGAUCGGUCUCCGUCAGAAGCCUUUCUGACGGUUGCGAAAGUUUGGAGGGUGCUGGUAGCUGGGACGCCCUCGAGUGGACCAAAAAUGAGCCGGUUACGAGGCCGGUUUCGCAUGUCAAUUUGGAGUUUUUGCUUGAAGCUGAGCGAGUUGUAGAGGAGGGCCAUGGCGUUGUUCUUGUUAAUACUGAUAAGGCUGGAACCUUGUUUGGAACCUUGUUUGUUACCAACUUUCGUCUUCUCUUUCUUAGUGACAGAACCAGAAAUAUUGUUCCACUAGGUACCAUUCCGCUGGCAACAAUUGAGAAAUUCAACAAAAUGGUAGUGAAGAUUCAAUCAGCUCCUCGCCAAACUGACAAGUCUUCAUCACGUCGUCUUCUUCAGAUCAUAGGAAAAGAUAUGAGAAUUAUUGUGUUUGGUUUUCGCCCUCAAACAAAGCAGAGACGUGUUAUAUUUGAUGCAUUAUCAAGAUGUACAAACCCAGCUAGAAUUUGGGAUCUUUAUGCAUUUACUUGUGGACCUUCCAAAUUCAGUAACCCAAACCCAAAGGUGCGAUUACUGAAUGAGUACUUUCGCCUUCUUGGAAAAGGCUUCCAUCGUGCAUCAAUGAGUAUGAUUGAAGAUGGGUCAUUUGCAUUGUCUAAUGAUUUGUGGAGAAUAAGUGACACAAAUUCCAACUAUACAAUGUGCCAGAGUUAUCCAUUUGCAUUGAUUGUUCCAAAAAAUAUUAGUGAUGAAGAAGUGAUCCAAGCUUCAACUUUUCGUGCAAGGUGUAGGAUACCUGUAAUUUCUUGGUGUCACCCUGGAACUGGAGGAGUUCUUGCACGUUCAUCACAACCUUUAGUUGGUCUUAUGAUGAAUAUGAGGAGGAAGCUAUAUAUUGCCGAUGCGAGACCUAGAAAAAAUGCAUUGGCAAAUGGAGCAAUGGGAGGGGGCUCAGAGUCAUCUUCAAAUUAUUUUCAAUCUGAGAUAGUUUUCUUUGGGAUAGACAACAUACAUGCGAUGAGAGAAAGUUUUGCACGGCUUAGAGACUAUUUGGAUACUCAUGGUGCUGCAUCAUCAGAUGGAAUGUCAUCAUUCUUGAGACAUGGCGGUUGGACUUGGGGUGGGGGAAAUCUCAGCAGCAUGUCUGCUUCAGUAUCAACCCUCGGUGACAGUGGUUGGUUAAUACAUGUUCAAAGUGUCUUGGCUGGUUCAGCUUGGAUUGCUGCACAUGUUGCAUUGGAAUCAGCAUCAGUGCUUGUGCAUUGCAGUGAUGGAUGGGAUAGAACAAGUCAGCUGGUUUCACUUGCAAACCUCAUGCUUGAUCCAUAUUACCGGACGUUCACAGGUUUUCAGGCACUUGUUGAAAAAGAUUGGCUAGCUUUUGGGCACCCAUUUUCAGAUCGUGUUGGAAUGCCCAGCAUAUCUGGAACUUCGUUUGAAUUAACCAGACAAUCUUCUACUGGAAGUUUUUCAUCAUCACCAAUGCGCCAAUCUUCAGGAUCAUUCACACCUCAAGCUUCUAAUUCAUCUCAUGCGCAGAACAAUUAUUCCCCCAUAUUCUUGCAGUGGGUUGAUUGUGUUUCACAAUUGUUAAGGAUUUAUCCUUUUGCUUUCGAGUUCUCCUCAACUUUCCUGGUGGAUUUCUUGGAUUGUGUGCUUUCUUGUCGUUUUGGAAAUUUCUUGUGUAACAGUGAGAAGGAGAGACAACAAUGUGGUGUCUAUGAAGCUUGUGGUUGCUUGUGGGCCUAUCUGGCUUAUCUGCGUUCUUCGGAGGGAAGUCCCCAUGCCCAUUAUAACCUCUUCUAUGAUCCACUUAAACAUAAUGAGCCACUUUUACCUCCAGCAGCCGCUUUAGCCCCAACACUUUGGCCUCAAUUCCAUCUUCGUUGGGCUUGUCUUUCUGAAUCCCAAGCUGGUGAGCUCGAUGCUGAAUGCAGGAACAUGGCUAUAAAGUUUUCUGAAAUGCGAAAGGCUAAAGAAGCAGCUGAAAUGAAAGCUAAAGAAUACUCGGUGGCCAUGGAAACAUUGAAUGCAGAGUUACGAAAUGAGAAACAGGUCAGCAGCUCAGCAAUGAACUUGGCCAAGAGAGCCAGCAAGGAAAGUGCAGCCAUAAAGCGAGCCAUGCAGUCGCUGGGGUGCAGGGUUGACUUUACAAGUAGCGGUAUUUGUACUGUUGAUGUUGAAAGCAAUCCAAAAGAAACUUCACAAAAAUUAAUGCAUUCUCCUCCUAGAAGAGAAUCUGAUGGUACGUUGGGACGUGAUGACAAAUCAGAUUUAUCCCUUUCGAUUACAGCUGUGGCAGAUGAUGUUGUUUCCGGCAAUCCACUUGGUCGAGUAUGUGAAACUUUAUGUCCUUUGUAUACACGUGAUGGGGGCUGUCGGUGGCCAGAUGCUGCUUGUGCUCAGCUUGGUAGUCAGCAUGUUGGACUGACGGCAGAUUUUGAUGCAUUUGACCGGCUUUCUAUUAAUGAAGAAUAUUUUCAGUCUGAAUGAAAAUUUGGAUUUAUAGCUGAGUUGAGGUCUAUAAUCAGUUUUGGCCUCAAUAAUUAGAUUUGGUGCAAGAAACUGGAAAAUUUUUCUCUCUUCUCAGAAGCAGGCCUGGAGGUGGGGCAUAAAGAUACUGACCCUAGCUUUUUGAAUGGGUCUCGGGGUAUGUUGUACAGAAAAUGUAGAGUCGAUUGUUCUCUUCUAGUUUAGAUACGCUGGAGGAAAGAAGCAAGAAAUUUUACAUUCAAGAGGUGACGCAGUUAAUGCUGGUUCAGUUCUUGGUACCCUUUUUAGAUAGGUGCUUUCAGUAUAGCUAUUACUCGGCCAUUCUUUUCUUGCUCAAAAAUAAGAUUUGUGUACAGAUUUUUGAGACUUAAUUUCCAGCAAUGUCGCCCCAUAAUCGAUGUACACUGACCGACUGACUCAGUGACUGACUUUCAGGCAAUUCACUAGUAAAAGUUCCUUAGCUUGAUCCUCAUA